AUGGACAACUGUUCAGCCAUGUGUGGCAAGCUGUUAUUAACGCUCAUGGAACAGAUUUUACCUGGGGAGAGCCCAGACCUGAAGGAAGUUGUUAAUCCAGUGUCUAGUCUAAGUUAUGUGUUGUCAGUAACUACCGCUUGCCUUUCACAGCAGGUGCAGGCUGUGAUACAGCUGCUGUCGCAGGGCUCAGAUGACCACUGCCAUUAUCACUACGCAGUCAGCACAGGGGGAAAAUAUGGCAUCAUUACUUUCCAACCCUUAUUGAAACCCUAUUUAGGUAUAAAGUACUCGGGUGCAGUUUACCAGUCACUCCUUCUGGCAGUACAGAUACCAGGGCACAUAACUACAGGAACCACACACAUCCAGGUUAUCUUGACGAAUCAGAUUACCACGUGGCUGAACGAUGACUUUGCUGUACAGACAGACCUGCUGUCUCCAGCUGAUGAGUUCUCCCUGUCAGAAGGCCCAUCGCUUAUCACGAGGCUCAAAGGAUCUUCUAGAAAGAGAGAGGGAGGAUCUGGUUAUGUGACCACAGCACUGGGGAACACUUGGAGUCAUAGUGUAAAUACAAGACUCAUUUUGCAAUAUCUGGAUUCAGGGACAAGACAGCUCCUGGUUGCCAAGUCUCCCAUUGCGCCAUUCACAUCUUUCUUAUAUGUAAUUGAAAAAUCUGGCCUGGUUCUCCAAGGUGGGAGUUGUGUACAGGAACUACUUGCCUCCCAGUUCACAUACUCCAGGAAAGAUAUGCACCAAAACCACAGUCAAAACUUCCCCAUGCAAUCAGCUGCUGGAUGUGAGAAGCUGGACAAGAGGCCAAGUCUGACAAAGCUGCAUUUCUUCAGAGCUGAUAAUGGUCCUGCUUUCCUGCUUUGCCCUUGCUGGAGUCAUUAAUCCUCACAAGAUCUCUCAAGAGAACAUCAGAUCUUCUAUUUGUAUCAUCCCUCCUCUCCAUAACCCAGUCAAAAGGACCAGCCAUGUUGCAGUUGGGAAGAAAGAAGUCCUGCACUGCAAACAAUAAAAGUGAGGAAAGAUACCUUUAAAGAUGAACCAGAAAUGGCUUUACUUGAUGUCACCAGCAAGAUUUCAUAGUUUAUAGCAGCACAUGCAAUAUGUAAGCUUAUGAGCAACUGGAAAAGAAAAUGCUGAAGCCCAAAGAACAAUGGCCACAUGUGAUUUAUAUUAUUACUCUUUUCUGGAUAUGGAACAACUUCUACAUGAUCAUGAAGUUUCUGAAUUGAUAAUAAAUUCUGGGGCUUGAACCAUAUCAAUUUUCAGUAAUUUAUAUUAGCACAAAGGUAAUACACUUGAAUCCCGUAAACUACUGGGUUUUGUUGUUGUUGUUGUUGAUUAAUCUUCUCAUUCCUCUCCAGAUUGAGGUUGAAUGAACAAAAUUGUUAAUAAAUAGUCCCUUGUUUUCUUA